AUGCCUCAGCGUUCAACUCCAGUUUUCUACCGUGUCAACCGCCUAACCGGAGCCUCGAUGAUCUCGUACGGAUUGCACAACAAUGGAGCCGGAAUUCAAGAAGCAAAUGUAUGGAACUCUCCAACAACCUCUGACGUGGGCAGCAGGAACAGUAGCAGAAGCGGCGCAAAGAGGUGGCGGUCGCAUCCUUUCGGUCAGCCCAUCGUCAGCGGUCAGGUUGCCUUGGAGGCUGGUGCCAGCCUUUGGCAACUUAUCGACACUCACGGUCAAAAUUCCGAAAGGCCUAGCAAAUCUUAUAAAAGUUAG